ACACACACACACACACACACACACACACACACACACACACACACACACACACACACACACACACAUAUAUAUGUGCAUCAUCAUACAGCCAAGGACUUUAUCUGUGGAACGGGAAAGAAGACCUCAGUCCAAGGAGAAGAAGAAACAGAGAAACAAGGAGGGACACUAAUGAGGAACUUCUAAAGGACUCCCACCCUCUUGUCAUCCCUCCACUGGGACAUCUCCCCAUCAUCAGCAUGCCUACAGCUUGCACAAGGUGCACCUUGGGAGUCUGACCCACCAUGUGCAGAUGGACGCCGGCCGCAGCUCAUCUCUGUCCUGAAGCUGCCCUUGGCACCACCACUGCUGCAGCCUCUGCCGGGCGACCUCUCCCCCUACCCAGUGCAGCCUCCAUUUGCCUGGCAUGCCUCUCCCUGCUCCUGGUCACCGCUGGCACCGCCACAGGGGCCUGUCCUCCAGGGGUUGGACAUGAACCCUUUCAGGUGCUGGCAGGUGACAUCAACUGUUCAUGGACGUUGGAAAGACACACUCGCAGUUACAAUCACCUAGAGGGAGACGUCCGACUACGGCGACUUUACUCUGCCAACAAGUUCUUCCUCUGUAUUGACAAAACAGGCAAGGUGGAUGGCACUCGGCGGAAAAACUACGUUGACAGCCUGAUGGAAAUCCGAUCUGUCAGUGUGGGAGUUGUUGCCAUCAAAUCUGUCAGCACCGGGCUGUACUUAGCUAUGUCCAAGAAAGGCACGCUCUUUGGAUCGGUGAAGUACAACCCAAGCUGCAAGUUCAAGGAGCGUAUAGAGGAGAACGGGUACAACACGUACGCCUCGCUCCGCUGGAAGCACGGCGGCAGGCAGAUGUUUGUUUCGCUGAACGGGCGUGGGAAGCCUCGGCGAGGUCACAAGGCUCGACGAAGACAUCCGUCCACUCACUUCCUGCCCAUGCUCCCCUCUUAGCUGUCCACCUCUGAACUCUGACCAGCAAAUGGCUGACUCACACUAGUGUUGAUAAAGCCAUGACGGCCAUCUUUAUUUGUAUUACUCCAUCCUCCUGUCACAUAAAUGUACAUUUGUUAAGGGUUGUAACAUUUGUAGAGUUAGAAUAAUAUGUACUUUUAAGUUAUUUUCUCAAUUUUCUAAUGAUGUUCAGCUAUAGAGUGAAUACACAGUAUGUCUACUACUUCCGGGCAUCUGUCUGGUUACAGUAUCAGUCUGACUGCAUGUAAAGUGAUGGGUAAGGAUUGUAAAGGGACAGCAAGGCGUGGAAAAAAUCAAAUGCGACUCACUGGUUUAUCAUUUAACCCAUUUUAGAUGCUCAGCUAAAUAAGCAUCUGGUUCAACAAAAAUAUAUUUUUAUUUCGACUAUCCCUUUAAAGCAACAAAAGGUGCAACUUUGAAGUAGCUACAAAUCAGGGCCAUAGCUACUGCUGGGAUGGGGUCAAACUCUACAAUUACAUUUUUACAAUGUGUCAUUUUAAACACAUUUCUCAUAUUUAACAUAUUCUGACUACAAACAUGUGAGAAAUUCACAUAUUAAUUGACUUUUCAAUGUCUCACAUGUGAAAUCUAACAUAUAAAUAAAGACAUUGGAGAUGUAUUGCACUAUAUCACCAACAAAUUCAAGCUGUAUAUUGUUAAUCACAUGUAUAAACAGUAUUCCAAUAAUCAAUAUAGCAAGCAAGUAAUUUUUUGAUCUGCUAUCUGACUACUUUUAGGCCAUUGAAAUUGAAGAAAUAAAUAAACAACAUUUCCCUACCAAAAUUACAUUAAUGUGGAGUAAAGCUGUGAAGAGUUAUUCAACAAAAAAAGAGAUUUACAAAUAAUGAAUGAGCAUUUCUUAAAAUCUUGGCUAUGGCCCUACUACAAAUCUUACAUCUUGACUGUUGUUUGGGAUAUACUGUACUGAAACGACUGGAUAAGAGAUGCUGACGCAUUGAUAAAAGAACUGUUCUGGAGAACACAACAGAAGCUACGCUAACUACUGGGAUAACAUGCUGAACUUUCCGAGAUGAACCUUGUAUGUUUGUGCAUGUUUCUGUCAAACUGCUUCACCCAUUCAAAUAACCAACAGUUAAUAGAGGAGGAGUCAGUAUCAGAAAGAUGCUUAGUCUCUGACGGUUGGUCCUUCGUUCAGUUGUGAAAUAACGAUGUACAUUUUGAGUCAUGUAAUGCAUUAUAGCAGCCAUAGGUUAAGCAGACGUCACAUAGAAGCAGCUUCAUUAAUUUUGUAGUAAAUGGUAAUUACAAACUGUCUCCCUCUCAAGUCUUGCUAACAUUUUCUCAACAAGGCUGUUGCUAAUAGAUCAUUUAAUAUAUUUAAAACAUUUUGUACUCUUUAACUGUUUGAAGUUGAUGUAUAUUGUUAUUGUCAACGUUUUGUGUUGGAUUGUAGUCCUAUUGAAAAAAAAGAAUGGGAAAAAAGUUAUCGUAUUAAUGUCCAUAUUCAGCUCAUUUUGUAUGGUAUUACUACUGGAUAUCGCUACAUUUGUGAUCCACUUAUAAUAAACAGCUUACAGCUAUAGGCCAGUAAUAGUAGGUUGUAUAGUUUCCGAACAAACAGUCUUUAGGUUUAUUUCAGAAAAGUAAAAUCAUUUGAGUGCCUUGGGUAAACUUCAAUAA